GCAGUGUCCGGAAAUAUGUGUCUUAUUUAGUCCACUGUGAGGCAAAGGUUGUUCCAUCAAUAUUAUCUGAGUCGUCUCAGGCGCUUUCUUGUCUCAUUUACGAACGAGGCGGCUUCAGGAAUGCCACAAAUGUGACGUACCAUGGGCAACACUGAGUGUGUGGUGGUGCAGAAGCGACUGUCCCGCUUCCGUCCCGAAGAUCGGCCAGUGAUUGAAGGAGUGUUUGAUUGGCUUCAGGGCAAUGCUGUGAUUCCUGAAAAAGCCCAAAAGAAAACACAAGCAGGAAACACACUGACCUUUGAGAUGCUGCAGGCCUCCAUGUGCAUGCUGGCAUCAGAAUCAAUGAUAAGGAGGUCAUACCAAUGCAUGUGUAGUAUUGACUUUGGAACCACAGCAGCUGGCAAAGUCAGUACGUCCCCCACUUUAGGAGUGUGUCGCGAGCAAUUAGUCAUCUUUCUUGCAGACACCCUACGGGGUACUGCAGAAGAACGGGCUCCUCUUGUUAUGGCUAUGUGCCGGAACAGAGCGUGCUCUAAGGUUGUCACCUCUGAGCAACUAACAGAGUUCUUACAGGACCUGAUCUCUGCCAUCAUUCAUAUUCUAGUCUAUAAAGGACUCCUUCAAGGGUGGAAACCAGACAAAAUGGGUGAUGGCUCUCAGUGUGUUAAACUCUUGGCAGAGCAGAUGUGUUCAGAACUGAAACCUACAGACCAGGGAGGAUAUGAUGUUGCCUGUUUGGAGGACUGGAUCUUUAGAGUACCUCAAGUAUCUUUAUACCUGGAGAUGUUGGUGGCUGAGGGACUAAACGUUUGGCCAAGUGUGCAGCCAGCCCUUUCUCUGUUGCCCCCUUGUAAGGAGACACGUUGGAAAGAUCUACAGUGUCUGUUGGAUAUUCCCACCCUCAUGUUUCUUGCACCACAGCUGCCUGACAGAUGUAAUUCACCAUGGAGACUUGUGUUUUCCACACUGUUGCAUGGCGAGAGCUUCACGAGGAUGGUGGCAGGUCUGACUAAGUGUGGACCCACCUUGCUGCUCAUCAAAGACACAAAGGGAUAUGUUUUUGGUGGCUUUGCCUCCCUCAGCUGGGAAGUCAAACCACAGUUCCAGGGUGAUUCCAGAUGUUUCCUGUUCUCCGUGUUCCCCAGACUGAGAGUUCAUACAGCCACAGGUUACAAUCAACACUUCAUGUAUCUCAACCAGAAUCAGCAGACCAUGCCCAACGGACUGGGCAUGGGCGGCCAGCACAGGUACUUUGGACUGUGGUUGGAUAGUGAUUUUGGACAUGGUCACAGCCGUGCACAGCCAAAGUGUACAACGUUUGGAAGCCCUCAACUCUCGGCGGAUGAGGAGUUCAUUUUGGACUCAAUGGAAAUAUGGGCAGUAGGAAAAAUCUCUGACCUGGAGGAGUUUCAGGAUGAAGAAGGGAUGGGGAAGAGGAGUGUCUUGGAUGUGGAUCCAGAGGUCCAGGCUAUGAUGGAGAUGACAGGCAAAAAAUUACAUAGCCAGGGUCUCAGGGAGCCAGAUAAGGACCAGAAGUACUAAAGGUCAACUUCCUUGUCACUUUAUCUGGGCCCAUGGAAGAUCGUGUGCUGAUGCAAAUUUUGUAUUCUAAUCUACCUUUAAACAGUCAUUUCAUCUAUUCCCAGCCUGUGAUUGUAAUUUGUGACUGUGUUCUCGUAAACCGGGAUAACAAUCCUUGGCAGUAUCUAAAUUGCUUAAAUGUAAGUGGAUGUAGUACCAGAUGAAUAUAGUUAGUCUAUGUUCACACUGCAGGUAUAAAUGCCUGAAGGUCACAUGCAGCAAUUUGAUACGGUGCAAUUUAUUACUGGUGUCUUAAUUGCAUGUCAGUGAUUUACUUAUGUUGUCUUUUCUUCCGUGUGGCUUGGCAGAAGUGUGCACUGUAUCCGACUGAACAUUUUUCACAGUGUGAAUGCAGCCUACUGUGCAUUUUACAUGUAGGCAGCAGGCACAUUCUAACAUUUCAAAACCAUUUUGUAGAUGGGUAAUUCUCCAAAAGUGUGGCAAAAUUGCAUAUUCAAAUGCUGACGCACGUCUAGAGUCAUUGUUUUCUUCCCUUCACAAUCAAUCAUCGAAUUUCACUGCAUAUAAUAUUGCGGACCCUGCUGAGAACAACUUGACUGAGGUUUGUGUUGUCAUUUGUGUGCAAAUGUAUUUGGAGUGGUCAAAAAUAGCCAAUGUCAUAACACCUUUGACCCUUAAAACGAAUCAACUUCAAAUCAAGUUUAUUGAUCUAGCCCUUAAUCACCAAAACAUCUCAAAGGCUUCACAUGCCCACAGUUGACAAAUAUUCUCCACAUCCACUUACCUUAACCCCCUGGAGGGCAAGGGAAAACU